CCCCGAGUAUGUUGUGGGCACCACGUGUGGUCUGUUAUGUAACAGUGGAUACCGUCCGUCAGGCACCAAGUACAUCACCUGUCAGACGACUGGCCAGUGGUCGACGUACGGCUCCUGUCUGGAUGUCAUAAGACCGGUUAUUACGUGCCCUGACCCCAUAGAGAUGUUUUCUAGACCCAAACGACAAGCGGUCUCAGUGACGUGGCCCCAGGCCAAUGCCACGGAUAACACCGGCGAGCUUCUUGACUUGACCAGCAGCCAUCAGCCCGGUCAACUGUUUGGAGUUGGUCAAACUCUGGUCACUUACCAGACUUCUGACUCGGCCAACAACACAGCAAACUGCAGUUUUACGGUCACUGUGGCAGUGAGGUUGUGUCCCAGCCUGCCAGACCUCGAGUACGGCAACAUCACCUGUACGCACGACACGGCUGAAGGAUCAGACUGCUACUUCACCUGCAGUCCCGGGUUCCAGAUAGACGGGGCGUCCAUCAGAACAUGUCAAGCUGACCAGACAUGGACGGACGCUUCGCCCACAUGCAAACGCCUGCAGUGCCCAUACCCUUCAACCGUCGCUAAUGGCAACUUCAACUGCUCACACGGGUUGGCGUACGAAGCCGUGUGCAGUCUGCAAUGUGAGCCUGGAUACAAGGUCGUCAACUCUUCUACCAUCGCCUGUCAGUCGAAUCUGGGCUGGAGCGGCGCAGGGGCGUGUCUAGAUGAUGAACCCCCUGUGAUACUCACCUGCAACGAUGUGCCAGUGUUUGCUGCUGAACUUGGUCAACCGACGUACGUCGACUUCCCCCUCCCCCUAGUGACCGACAACUCGGGUAAAACGGUCACUGUAAGCGCCGUGCCCGCCCCAAAAAGUAUGUUUGUUGUGGGCGUUACCAACGUGACGGUGACGGCACACGAUGCUGCCGGCAACACGGCAACAUGUAACUUCCUGGUCUCUGUCAGAGCCAUAGAGUGCAACAACCCACUGACCGCCGGUCUGGACCAGAGCCAGAAAAAUCUGAUGGUGUUCUCCUGUCCCCAGGGGUUCGUAUACGGGGCCCAAUGCAACGUCUCCUGUAGUAACGGGAGCCCUGUGGGGGGCCCAAGCUCCAUCCGUUGUGAGAAAAAUAUAACAGAAUCGGGCUCAGGGUACUGGUGGUACGGGCUCAGCAAGCCCUACUGCAAUGUCCAGGCCUGUAGUCACCCCGUGCCGCCAGAGUACGGGUCAACGGCCUGCGAUCUGCUGGCGUAUACCCAAGUCUGUGACGUCACGUGCAACGGGAACUACUCGUUUCCCAAGGGCGACCUAUCCAGUGGCCUUUUCUAUUGUGACAAGAAUACUGGCUCGUGGAAGCCGAGAGAUAUUACCAACUACUUAUGUUACCCGGCCAAGUAUGCUGACGAAGCUGACAUGAUGCCCAAUAUCUACUACUACACUACACAAUGUUCCUCGGACAACGAGGAGAUCAAAAGGUUAUUUUAUGCCAUUAUCAACGAGUCGGAGAUAUUCAAGACGUAUUGCCAGGAGGUGACGUGUACUCUAGACACCGUCAACGUCACGUGUGGAGCCAGAGCGAGGCGUGACUUGCAGGCAGCUAGCGUGUUGUGGCCCAACCACCGGACAGUCAGACAAACCGCCAGAAUCAAGAUACAGUUUGUCAUAAGGAUGACAUUUAUACAGAAAACACCAGCCUCUGAAACGUUCGUGUUCUACGAAAAGCUAGCCAAAACCCUCAAUGAAGCCUUCAAUAACGCUUCAAAAGCCGGACAUUUGAAUUCACCUGAGUUAGGUCAGACGGAUACCGUCUCUUAUGGUUACGGGAACCCAAAGAUUAUCUGUCCUGAGCCCUUGCUUUACCAGUCGCAGACUUCUUUGUGUGUUGGCUGUGGGAAAGGCUAUGUCUAUAGAAGGGAUACAAAGACGUGUGCAGCUUGCCCGAUUGGGAGCUACCAAUCUCUGGCGGAAGGAACCAAGUGCUUUGGAUGUGCUGCCGGCUUCAGCACUCUAACUGAAGGUGCCACGGCGAGUAAUCAGUGCCUCAGGUACUGUAGUGCUGGCACAUCCUCCAAGUCUGGACUAGAGCCCUGCGACCGAUGUGCUAGAGGAAGCUACCAGAAUAAACAAAACCAAAGGUCCUGUGUUGUAUGUCCCUAUGGGAUGUCAACAACAGGCAAAGGCUCCACUUCUGCCGAAAGUUGUGCCUUCUACCACAUGAACCUGAGAAACGGAUCCCAGUUGCUGGAUGCCAAUACAGCUUCAGCCUACAACCUGACUCUCCUGAUGAGGAUCAACAUGCCAUCAGACCUAACCUCAACCCAAACAAGACUCUCCCUCACACCUGACUCAAAAGCAGCUUCACUGGUUGGGGGCUGGUUUAGUAUUUACAUUUCACAAUACUCAGCCUUCUACAGUCAAAAUAAAAAACAAUGGUAUCACAUUGCUGUGGUAAAAGCUUCCAGUCUUCUCAGCUUUUAUCUAGACGGAAACUUGGAAUUCCAAACGUCUAUCCCCAAUGCUGGACUUGUAGGCAGCAUUGUCUUUUAUUCAUCAGACGAUAUACCAGAACUCACUAUCAGUGAGUUGCAGGUUUCUAAUUCAAUCUUGACGGAUGAAGAAAUACAAACAUUCAGCACUACCUGCAACUGGAAGCUGGAUGGAAACAUUCUUGUGGCUAAUUACCUGAUGACGUCACUGGUAAACCCUAGCUCGUGUGAUGCAAAAGAUGGCUGUGCCUCUAGUCCGUGUGGCGAGCACGGAGUGUGUACCGACACACAGGACGGCUACUUCUGCACAUGUGAGCAAAACUGGUUUGGGAAAAAUUGUCAGAACGUGACAGAUUUGUGUCAGGGACACAAGUGUGCCAAUGGAGGAAAGUGUACCCCCACCCCCGAGUUUGGGAACUACACAUGUGUGUGCAGUCCGACUUAUUCUGGAGCUCUGUGUACGCUAUAUAAAGUAAAUGGUGGUUGGAGUGAAUGGUACACGGCAGACUAUUGUCCAACCCAAUGCGAUGAAGUGGGCAGAUUAAGAAGAAACCGUAGCUGCAGCAACCCUAGCCCCAGUAAGAAUGGGGCACCUUGUGCAGGUCUGGCUACAGACACAAUGGAUUGCUCUCCAAAACCAUGCCCAGUUGAUGGCGGGCUGAGUCCUUGGUCAGAUUGGAGCUGUCCUGUCACCUGUGGUGUGGGAACAGCCCAUCGCGAGCGGAAGUGUGACAGCCCACCAGCCCAAUAUGGCGGGGCAGAGUGUGAUGGUGCCCUACAGAUGUUUCAAUCAUGUGACCAGCUCAACCCCUGCCCAAUUGACGGGGGACUCAGCGAAUGGUCCAACUGGUCGGAAUGCAGCCAAACGUGUGGCGCGGGAAAACAACAGAGAACUCGACUCUGUAACUUUCCUGUUCCUCAAUAUGGCGGUGCCAACUGCGUUAACAGUUUAUCUGAUACACGAGAAUGUGGCACUAAAUCGUGUCCAGAAUGCACUAAAUCACAACUGAGUAGGAAUGGUGAAAACAUUGAUGAUAUUAUCUGUACCUUUGAGAACAUGACAGACAUGCUUGUAUGCUCUAUUGUGUGCAAGCCAGGCUAUAUGACAGACAAGGACAUCAAGUACAGUUGUGGAAGAUUCAGCAACUAUACCUGGUCUCACGUGACUAAAGACAACCCCCUGGGGCUUCUACCUGACUGUACAGGUUCCGAGCCAGUGGCUGAGAGAAGCAUUCAGCUUGAGUCGGCAUAUGUUGAGUACCCAGUCGAGGACACAGAGUCUCUACAAGAACAGGUCGACUCAAACACACAGACACAGCUAGCAGAUUCAUGCACCACUUGCACCACCGCUGUAGAGGUCUCCAGGUCAGCACCACGGGAGAAAAGGGACACGAGGGACAAAAGGGACACGAGAGACAAAAGGGACACGAGGGACAAAAGGGACACGAGGGACAAAAGGGACACGAGGGACAAAAGGGAGACGUAUGUCAAAGUUGUGAUAACUGUCAAUGUGACAACCCCAUAUGUUGACUCUGUUACUGCUACAGAUACAGAAAUGAAGCUUGUAUGGAGCAGGAUUGUAGAGUUUGAGACUGUGGCACAGACACUCUAUAAUAACAGUGCUAAAAUUUUCAAGGUUUACCUUAAUGGUCAGGAGUACAAUGCUAUCCUGCCACCAACUGUGUUGGUGUAUGAGGAGUGUGUACCUGGGUCUCAGGUCAUGUUUGGGCUGUGUGCAUACUGCCCCCCUGGGUCCUAUGAGCAAGAUGGCAGUUGCAAGCUGUGUGAGGUAGGUCAGUAUCAGGACAAAGAGAAACAGACAUCAUGCAUGGAUUGCCCUGAAGGUAGAUCAACUGUAGGUAAGGGAGCUCAGUCUGUCAAACAGUGCAUCAGCAACCCCUGCAGUUACUACCCCAUGGACCUGGGGUACUGGGACAAAUGUGAGGACCCAGCUUCUCAAGAUCCAACAAACAUUGGUUUGGCUGUAGGACUUGCUUUAGGAUUGACUGCUCUUGUUGUCACUCUCAUUGUGCUGUAUGUCUUUUUAAAAAAAUAUUUAUUUGGAGGAAACAUUUGGCCUCGUGUGAGACAGGUGCAACCAUACAACGUUUCACUCAGUCAAGUGGAGCUCAUCUCUACCACAAAACCUGCGUAAUCAAAAAGUUGAACUAAGAAAUUGGUUGUCAAUAUAACAGUCUACAAUCCUAAUGUAAAAAUCACUGUUUUUGAAAAAAAUUUAUUUAGAGCAGUUACAAUUAUUGCUUAAUGAAAUAAUUUUAAAAAUUUGCCAAAAUAUUUUAAAUUUAGAUUAGCUUAUAAUUACACAUUUAAAUCAUUUACAGUAUAGUUUAAUCUAUAAUUGUCUUUAAACACAUUUUCAAUGAAUUGUUUUUUUAGAAAAACAAUAUAUUAUGUAAAUGUAUAUUUCAACAUUGCAUCACAUGAAGUAUUUCCUAUUAUUUAUUAGCACAGUAAUAAAACAUUUUUUUUUUUACAGUUUAGAUGUGGGUCGAUGGUAUUAAAAAUACUAUGUUUUAUUAUAGUAUAGCUGAAUACAUCUAUAAGUUAUUAAUCAUGUUAGUUUCUUGCAUUUUCUAAAUAAACCAGUAGUUUUAAUCACAUCCAAAUUAUUUCAGUUAGAAAUGGCCAUUUAAA